UGUCAUGUAGAGAAGAUCUUAUUAGUUCUUACUUGGGCUUUAACAAGUUCAGGCUCUUUUUCUAUUCAUUUGACUUCGGAUUCAGAACAAGAGGAAAAACUGAUGUAGUGACAACAGCUAUAUGAAAGCAAGACGCUUCGCCUUCAGCAAAAUUUCAUGCAUGGAAGAUGCUAAGGCAGGCCAUUCCAAGUGAUGGCAGGUUAAGAGGGAUUGGAGUGGUUGUAUCAAGUUGGUGUGUACUGUAUAAACACGAUGAAGAAAAUUUUCAACAUUUAUUUGUGGGGUGUAGAUAUAUUUCAUGGAUAUGGACAAAAGCUUCAACUGCUAUGGGUUUUUCUUUAGUGAACAGAGAAGAACCAUUGGUGAGAUUUAUGAGAAUAGUAAGAACAUAAAAAAGACAACUGCUAGAACAUAUUCUUAUAAGAAGCUUUUCUUUACUGUUUUUACUGGGACAUAUGAAAAGAGAGGUGUAGAAUGGUGUUUGAUGGACCAAUUAGUGUUGUGGCAUUUGAAUAUCCAAGUUCCUUCUCCAACUGUGAUUAAGGACACCAGGGUGGUAAAAAGCUUGAGGAAUUGUGCGAUUGCGAAAGCGAGAAAUGCGGUGAGCAGAGGAAGGUUCGACGGGAGGAGUGAAGCCGGAGAGGACGACAACGUCGUCAUUCGGUUGCUGGACGACGCAUCGCCUACAGUGAUCACCUCGUCCAUCAAUCGCGUCGAACUCGAAUCAAGCAAUUCCUUACGUGAUUGA